AUGGAAAAUAAUUUCAAUAAGGAACUCUUCUUACUCAGAACCCAACUUGCUGAACUUCAUUGUCAAGUUGCCAUGAAAAGGCUACAUGGAAGUGGUCAUGCAAGCUCUGACUUUAACAACACUAUGAGUGCUAUAUCAGAGAAAGUCAGUAUUCUCGAGGAAGGAUACGCCUCAGACGAAGUGACCUUCAAUAGACGUGAGCUCUUAGUGUUGGAACCCAAGUGCUGGAAAAGCCAAGCUAUAAUGCUUGCAAAUGAAGAGAAACUCACUCUGAAAAGCAACACUCGUGCUGUUGUCGAGGCAAGAAUUUUGACAGAGUUCAUAAACUCUGUUGAUUACCUUACUUAUGAGUAUUAUGACUACAAGUUGAGUCGAAGAUUGUUAGAGUUUUUGACUGGCAUGAUGCCCAUCAAUAAGCAUUUGUUACCGGACUUGGAUGACAUGAAAAGUGCUUAA